UUUGAUGAUGAUGGCGCUGGCUAGUGCUGAGUCACAAAAGGACCAGGGUGAGCUAUCAAGGAUGUAGCUGUGCCAAUGCAGGGGGCAAGGCCUGUGGGCUCAUCUAUGGGGCGGUCUCACAGCAAGCAUGAAGACGUGGCAGGAGUUUCGGUUGAUAAAAUUGCCAAGAAGAAGAGGACAAUUCCUAAGAUCAUUGUCACUGGACCCUCUGAGGAAGCGCUGAUCCAAAGCAUCACUGAUGUUCUCCCCGAGACCAAAACCAUCCGGGACACAGAAGACUACGGCGCAUAUAGCGUGCACACAAAGCCCAGCACAGUAGAUGCUUAUAAGAACAGCAAAGAGCAGUGAGGGACUAUGUUGGAGAGAUGAUGGCACACAGGGUGGAGAUGGGGACCACAGAGGAAACCUAGCAGCCCCGGUCCUGGACCCCCUUCUCAAUAAAUGGGAAUCUAUCACACUGAAUCCUUUCAUGGUUUCACUUUUCCCUGACCUCCGAUGUGCCCACAUUUGGUGGCGGCAGAAAAGGAGGAGCGGGUAAAGCCUAGCCAGAUGUAACAGAGGGA